GUCUACUCAUGGCAGAGUCCAACGGCAUUUAAUGUUAUUUACCCUCAUACCAACUCCUUGCUAAAAAGCCUGUGGUGCCUACUUGUACCUAACAGUAGAGUACUUGUGUACAGUUUAUUAAGAAACGUCUGUCGGGGGAGCUGGACUGCGGUAUUCCAUGGAUCAACCUGCGCUCUCUGAAGGGCAGCUCUCGCAACUGCUGACGUCUGCUCUGUCGCCCUCCGAGCUGUACGACAAACUCUCUAGCUACGAGGAUGAUGCCUAUAUGCUCUUCACGGGGAACCAAAUCCACGGCGAUCCGAAGCUUUUGAGUGCAUUCUAUGCGUCCUUCUUUGUUGCACACCUUCUUACUGAUCAAGUUCCGGCUGCUCGAUCAUUAACUCAACGAAUGCCGCCGAGCCUAUUGCAGACCGAUGUCGCUUUACAAAACUGUCUCAACCUUCUGCGCGCCGUAUGGCAGUGUAAGCACGCUCAAGUCUAUAAAAUUCUACGAGAGUUACCGUGGCCAGCACCUGUGAACACAAUAGUACAGAGAUACGAUGUUUACUUCCAGGAGAAAGCGUUGAAGGAGGUCAGCAGAGCGUUCGAGGCGAUAAGGCCGGCGGCAGCGGCAGAGUACCUGGGUCUCGAUACCACCUUGGCUGAGCAACAUGAUCCGUCGGUUAUCGACAUAUUCGUCUCAUAUGGCUGGAGAUGGGAUUCGGAAGCCAAUUUGUUGUAUCCGGAGCCAGUUCCAGGGUUACCACAGAGCAUUGACUCGACCAAGGAGCUCAGAGAUAUCACCGCUUUAAUUAGUAGCCAUGUGAGCUGA